AAUUAUCAUGCAUACCCAUUCAUUCACCUUCCAUCUUACUUUUUAUAUUUCCCCCAUUGAUAUAAUCUCCCGAAGCUUUGGCUAGCUCUCUGUCUCUCCUCUUCUGAAAAAUUCUAUCCCAAAGAGAGAAGAGAGACAAAUGGCUUUCAGCUCUUGCACCCUCCUCCUAAUCACCUUCUCUUCCAUACUCCUCCUCUCUCCUCAAGCCCUUGGGGACUUCAGUAUUCUUCCCAAGCUUCCUUUCAACAUCCCAUUGAUUUCCAAUUCCGAUAGCGCCCCUGCAGCAAUCCCAGUGGCAGCCCAAGUUCCAGUCUCAGCCCCAGCCCCCAAGGCUUCAUCAGAAGACCAAUCAAUUACCACACAACCAAUCACAAACCCAUUUUCCUCCGUGGUUCCCAAUCCUUCGGCAGUCGAUCCCGUUGUCAAGAAAAUCUGCGACGUGACCGAGAACCCAGAUCUUUGCUCCAACUCCAUAGUCCCCUUCAUGCACGGCCAAGCCGACCCUGUCGCUGUCCUCAAGACCGAGAUCCAUGCGGCAUUGAACAUCACCCAGAGAGCCGUCACCGUGAUGAAGAACAUGUUGGAAGACGCUACGGCAUCUUCCAUGAUGUCUGAAUGCCUGGGAGUCUGCGUGGAGAACUAUGGAUAUGCUGUGGACGACCUGAAACAGGCGAUGAAGGCCAUGGAAGCGCACGACAUGGGUUUGCUGAAGAGCGUGCUUAGCAGCGUGAUUACUGAUAUUGGGACUUGCGAUGAUGCAUUCGCUGAGACACAAGGGCUUGAGUUGCCAUUGCAGGAAGAGGUUGUCGGCACCAUGCAUAAGCUUGCUAACAAUUGCAUGGAUAUUUCCACCUUGUUGAAUUAGAAUUUUCUAAAUUACAUAUAUAUAUAUAUAUAUAUGAAGAAGAGGCCUUAAUCUGUUGUUAAUUUUUAAUUUGCUUAUGCAACUACUAAGAAGAGAAGGGAACAGAAGGGGACACAUAUAUAAAUGCAUGUUUUGACGUUGAACCUAUUACAUUGAUUUAUUUUUAUUUAAUUAAUUAAUUUUUUGUCAUU